AGACACCCUUCUCCUCUCCGCACCCAACAGCCGCGACUCUCCUAAACCUUGGCCUCCGAUCAUGGAUGGACAUGAUACAGAUGACCCGAAACAAAGCACUGCUGAUAUGACAGCUUUUGUACAAAAUCUUCUCCAGCAGAUGCAAGUGAGGUUCCAGACAAUGUCAGACUCUAUCGUCUCGAAGAUUGAUGAGAUGGGCAACAGGAUCGAUGAGUUAGAGAACAGCAUCAACGAUCUCAGAGCUGAAAUGGGAGUGGAUGGCUCGCCAUCUCCUUCAGCCCCUUCGAAGCCCAAGGUAGAUACCAAGUCAGGGGAUGAUUCAGCCAAGGAGUAGCUUUGGCAUGUGACCUUGAUGUGUUACUUAAAUCACUAGAGUAUCUGUUGAGUGCCUGAUUCCGAGUAUUCCUCUUGCUGUUUUCAUUUGAAAUUCAAACCAUAUGCUACAUAUUGUAUUUCGAAGCAGAUCAGUGCUUGCUGGAUUUGUACACGAGCCGAAUUUGAUUCUCAUUUUCUGGGAAAAAGGUAGGAUAUUUCAGCAUUACUAUUGAUCAGAAUUCCAUGACAGACAUUGGUAGUUCACGCUUGAAUGAAUUGAAUCUCAGUUUUGAUUUUGGUUU